UUGACACACCAUGAAGCUCUUCGCUGUUCUCUUCUGCCUCAUCGCUUGCAGUUUCGCCACUCCCAUCCAAAAUGAACGUUUUACAUUGGAUGCUGAUAUGCUGAAUGGUUUAAUGAACAUGUACGUUCGCCUUCUCAAAGCCAUGGACCCGCUCUACGUAAAGCAAGCAAAAUUGUUUGAGUCAAAUGGAUAUGUCUUCGAAGUGAAGAACGCAAUCAUGGAAGGCUUCUCAGACGUCACACACGAUAUCUCGUUAGAGAAGAACGCUCCAAUAACAACAAUCAAAGUCUCCAUGAGCCUACUCAGAACAUUUGGAUCCGUUGAACUAUGGAAUUGCACAUUGCCCUUGAUUUACGGAAGCGGUAGCGCGACGUUUGAUCUCAGACGUGUUCAAAUCGUGAUGGAAGUCGGCUUUAACAUGACCACGAUGUUGUUUGAACCAGUCGUGUUCAAGCCUUCCAUUGAAGAAAUUCAUUUUGAAAUCACCGGUGCCAACAACGACGAAGAGUACAGUCGAGAAUUCAGCAAAAAGGUCAGAGAAUCGUUGAAUGUUCUGGUGAACGAUCCUGAAAUGCACGCCUCUGUUGCUGAGCAAAUUACUGCUUUUUUGAAUGGUCAGUACCGUUCUUCACCGCCCACGGAUUGCUGGUGGUGCCCACGCCUUAGAGUGAAGGCUUUCUGCAAAUAAACGUGCUACUUAUGUAACGGAUUACUGUACAGUUUUCCCUUACAAAAAUGGACACAUACAAUAUAGAUGGCAUUACUAGGUUUAUUCUUGUUAUUUGUUAUAAACAUUAUUUUAUUUGGGAAAUUUACAACAAUUUAAAACAUAUUUUUGUCGUUAUUCAGCGAUUGCAGUCGUAUUGCGUAUGCAAUAUAAUUUAAAUUAUUUGUCGUCAAUUGACGGAUCAAUUGUUUCAUUUAAUUAAGUAUUAGUCUGACUUCUGAGCGUAAGUAAAUUAAUUCUAAGUAACAAGUAAUUUAAAUGUAAUCCGUUUCAGAAACGUACCAGUUUUUUAUAAUUUGAAUAUUGUCACUAGUGGAAAUUUUUCCACAAGACGAAAUAGGGUUGAACAUAAACCGUAAGUAAACAAAUGUAAGCAAUAAAGUUUCUAUUGAAAGUGCUAUUUUAGCUAUUUCCCGAUUUUCUUAUUUCGAUAUAAAAAAAAUA